AGUGCGUUUUUGCAGAAGGACGUCUCGAGGUUGCAGGGCGCUAAACCCCGGCUGGUCAAAACUCACUCAUUUAAAUAUCAUUGCCGUAUCAAGAAUAACCACCCGCUUAACUGCUCCAUCACGAGCUACAGGGAACAGGUUGCCUGGGAAACGGCCGCAUGGCAACAGGAUCAGAGCCGGUGGGUUGUCUGCUGCUAGCUCUGCUCCCGUUUCCCAUUUCCUCACUAGAUGGUGUGCAAGCCACUGGAGAGUCGACUUCCUUCCGCGGUCAGGUUCCGAUCAAAACAAAUCUGGGAAACUACACGGAACGCCUUUUCUCGGGGUUUUCGCGGAGGAUUAUUGUAUUGUCAUCCAGAUAUUUUUCUUUUUGAUAACGGCGCGGAUCGUGCUCCAUUCGGCGGUGAUGGACAUAAUGAUUGCAGUGCAGGAUGCGUGCGUCUCCGGUCAGUGGCUCACCGCUAUAAUUCUUAGUCUUUGCUGCUUUUUACCAUCGUGUUUGCCCGCUGGACAAACUGUGGACUAUGCGUCCAGCGAGAGUGUGGUCAGCAGACAGGGAGACACCGCGCUGCUCAGAUGCUACCUGUUGGAUGGGAUCUCAAAAGGAGCAUGGUUGAAUCGUUCCAGUAUCAUUUACGCAGGGAAUGACAAGUGGUCAGGGGAUCCUCGCGUCUCCAUCGUAUCAAAUGUGGGGGAUAAACAUGAAUACAGCUUACAGAUACAGAAAGUGGAUGUAACGGACGAGGGCUUGUACACCUGCUCGAUACAGAGUGAACGUAACCUACGUCCAAAACUCAUUCAGUUAAUUGUAAAAGUUCCUCCUAAAAUCUAUGACAUUUCAUCGGACAUUGCGAUAAACGAAGGCAACAAUGUUUCACUCAUCUGCUCAGCCAGUGGGAAACCAGAGCCCAAAAUCUCUUGGAAACACAUCUCCCCAUCAGCCAAGAAGUACGAAAGCGGGGAGUAUUUAAAUAUCACAGGCAUCACUCGGGAUCAAGCAGGGGACUAUGAGUGUGCCGCCGAAAAUGACAUUGCUUCACCCGACACCAAGACCGUGAGAGUAACAGUCAACUUUCCUCCAGCAAUCCAUGAGAUGAGAAGUCACGGGGUCCGACCCGGUCAGAUUGCCCUGCUGAGAUGUGAGGCAGCAGCUGUCCCCUCUCCAGUCUUUGAAUGGUACAAGGGAGAGAAAAGGAUUAACAUGGGCCAAGGAAUAGACAUCAAGAACCUCAGCUCCAGAUCAGUUCUCACAGUCAAGAACAUGACACAGGAUCGCUAUGGCAACUACACCUGUGUGGCCGUCAACAGGUUGGGAACAGCCAACGCCAGUGUGCCUCUGAUUCCAAUUAUUGAACCCACAACAACUAGUGCUGUCUCAAGUCCAGCACCCAACACCGCUCCAUAUGGAAGUACAGGAGGCGCUGAAGUCCUGCUGGCCUGCCGGUACCUGAUCCUGGCUCUCUCUUCUCUCGUCAGCAUUUACUAGCCCUGGGGAUGGCCAUACACAAUGACUGUAAAGAACCCUUUUGAGCAUUUACAGAUCCUUUGACAUUGCUGAUGGCUGGAUCCAAUCUGGUACAGUGUGUUUGGAAAGCAGCGAGGGAUUUUAAUCAGCAUUGCUUAUGUUGGGAUGGUAAUUUUCUUCUGUGGUGUUUGUCAUCAUGUAAAUACAUACGGUUUUAGGGGGAUGGUUUUCUUUCUCUUGUCUUAUUUUCUAUUCUUUUCUUAUUUUCUUUUUCCUGAGUUCCCACUUUGUGAAUCAGCACACAUUGUCCCCUUCGAACGCUCACAAAUUAGCCGAAAUCACGCUUUGGAAAAGUAAGGGUGUGUGACGUUAGUGUCUUUGUUAUUGAAAAAGGAAAGACGCCCUAGUGUGCCACCUUGCUCUCCAUUAUUCACAUACCCACUAAGUGUUUAAAUAGUACGUUUUUUGCCGAGCUCAUUUAAAUCCAGUGAACCAAGAAACACUGUUUAAGAUUUCACAAAGGGAGAGAUAUUGAAAUUGAAAUCAAAAGUAAUACAGUCAAAGGCGAAGCGAACAAUUGAAGAGCAGCUUUAGUUUAAUACGCUAAUGCGCAUGGUUUUUCCAUUGACUGUGAAAUAUGAUUAUUCAUUUUCUUGACCAAAACUACAGCCAUACCUCAAUGGUUUAGACCUCUG